AGGUAGUUUGAGGUUAAAUUAAAAGCAGUGUUGUUCAUGUUAUUUUUGGCUCCUACUCAUAAGCUUUUAUUUACCUUUGUUUUUUUAAAAGAGAAGAUGAGUAAAGUAAGGAAUAAGAAAAUAAGAAAACUGGAAUACUGUCGAUGGACCUCAGAAGAUAUGGACCAUGCGAUUAAUGCAUACAAACAAAACCAGUGUGGUUUUAAUGAGUGCUGCAGACGUUAUAACAUUCCAAAGCCGACUUCUAGAAGGCAGUUGUGCUCUUUAAAUAAAAAGGCAAAUGAAAAUGUUUAGUCUUUGGGUCGACACACAACUUUUAGCCCUGAAAUUGAAAAGGAAUUGGGAACAAACAUAUUUUAAAGCUGGAAGAAAGAUGUUUUGGUGUAACAAUUCGGGAAUGAUAUUCCACACAGUUUCAAUAU